AUGGCUAUGUUAGCAGGAGACAGCUCUGACUAUGAUUACAGUGCUCUGAGCUGUGCCUCAGAAACCUCCCUCAACCAGCCAAGCAAGGAGACCCAGCCUGUCAAAGGGGCAUUUUACAAAUCAGCCCAUUUGGUUGACCCGCAGCAAGAUCUGUACAGCAACCCGUGCCCACAGGAUCGCAAGCACCACGUGAUAAUUAAUGUCGGGGGCAUCAAAUACGUCUUGCCCUGGACCACCCUGGACGGCUUCCCUUUAACGCGCCUGGGACAGCUCAGGUCCUGCCACAACUUCGAUGAAAUCAUGAAGAUUUGCGACGAUUACGACGUGACCUGCAACGAGUUCUUCUUCGACCGCAACCCAGGCGCCUUUCGGACCAUCCUAACUUUCCUGAGAGCCGGCAAGCUGAGGCUUUUGAGGGAAAUGUGCGCCCUCUCCUUCCAAGAGGAACUGCUCUACUGGGGCAUCGAGGACGAUAACCUGGAGAGGUGCUGCCGCCGUAGGUACCUGCAGAAAAUAGAGGAAUUUGAAGAGAUGAACAUUGAGGAGGAAGAUUCUGUGCAGGGGGAAAACCUGAGUGAUUUGGUCGAGCUCUCCCGAUGUGACCGCUUCAUGACUAACCUCAGGGAUAUGGUAGAGAAUCCUCAGUCAGGACUCCCAGGCAAAAUCUUCGCCUGCCUCUCUGUUGUGUUCGUGACCAUUACUGUGGUUAAUCUGUCCAUCAGCACCAUGCCUGACCUCAGAGCCGAAGAGGAAAAUGGCGAAUGCUCCAAGAAAUGCUACAACAUUUUUAUCGUGGAGAGUAUCUGCGUGAGUUGGUUCUCUCUGGAGUUUCUGUUGCGUUUCAUCCAAGCCCGCAGCAAAUUUGUUUUCCUGAGGACUCCUCUGAACAUCAUCGAUAUCAUAGCCAUCUUGCCCUAUUACAUCACUCUAGUGGUCGACACCACGUCAUUGGAAAAUGGGAAAUCCUCAGCGGGGAAUAGCUACUUUGACAAGGUGGGUUUGGUUCUACGAGUGCUUCGUGCCUUGAGGAUUCUGUAUGUCAUGCGCCUUGCCAGGCAUUCCCUGGGACUGCAGACGCUGGGGUUGACAGCCCGCAGGUGCACACGUGAAUUUGGGCUCCUCCUUUUAUUCCUGUGCGUGGCCAUUGCACUCUUCGCCCCGCUGCUUUACCUCAUCGAGAACGAAAUGUCCGACUCGCAAGAGUUCACCAGCAUCCCAGCAUGCUACUGGUGGGCGGUGAUCACCAUGACCACGGUGGGCUACGGAGACAUGGUGCCUCGGAGCAUCCCAGGCCAGGUGGUGGCGUUAAGCAGUAUCCUGAGCGGGAUCCUCCUCAUGGCCUUUCCCGUCACUUCCAUCUUUCACACCUUCUCCCGCUCGUACCUGGAGUUAAAGCAGGAGCAGCAGAGGGCGCUGAGACGGUCACAGUUCCCGGUGAAGUCCAAAUCGCGAAUGAGCAUCAUUUCACUAAACAGCGACAACCUAUUUCCGAGCCUGUCUUCAGAAGCCAGAGACAACUAGCAACACGCGAGGCUGUCUCGACUGCUAACAGCGUUAUCUUGACUUGAAAGGGUAAAUGCAAGACUCAAAGAAACUGUUCAAUUAGGUGUAAAGGGUCCCAGUCGACGGAGAAAAA